ACCAAACCUCAAAAUAUCUAAACCGUAAAGCAAGAAGCAAAAAAAAAAAAAGAUGACGGAGAAGAAAGAGAUGAACGUUGUGAAAGGUCUCGACUUGGAGAGAUACAUGGGCCGCUGGUACGAGAUUGCUUCUUUCCCUUCCAGGUUCCAGCCCAAGAACGGUGCAGACACUCGCGCCACCUACACCCUUAACCCCGACGGCACGGUGCACGUCUUGAACGAGACGUGGGACGGAGGCAAGAGAGGUUUCAUCCAAGGGUCAGCUUACAAAGCUGAUCCUAAGAGCGACGAGGCUAAGCUUAAAGUCAAGUUCUUUGUUCCUCCUUUCCUUCCCGUCAUUCCCGUCACGGGGGAUUAUUGGGUGUUGUAUGUCGAUCCUGAGUACCAGCAUGCUGUUAUCGGACAGCCUUCAAAGAGUUAUCUUUGGAUACUGAGCAGGACGGCGCAUGUGGAGGAAGAGACGUACAAGCAGCUGGUGGAGAAGGCGGUGGAGGAAGGGUAUGAUGUUAGCAAGCUUCAUAGGACACCUCAGAGUGACACACCACCUGAGUCCAACACUGCUCCUGAUGAUACCAAGGGUGUUUGGUGGAUCAAAUCUAUCUUAGGCAAAUAGAUAUUACAUGAACGCAAAGGAAGACUUGUUUCACUUCCUUUGUCUGUGUAGUAUACUACACCUGUCGUUUACUUUAGUACUACAUCGUUCUGCUUUUGUUUAUUUUCAACAUUUAAAACCAUCUAUUUGAAG